UAAGACAGGAAUUAGCGGCAAUGCAUGCGCAGCAGUUCCAUGCUCGUUUCUUCUUGUAUCUAGAUCGUACGUUGAUCAGACACAAGGCAUUUACACCUACAACAACGACUCAGAGUUCACUAGCCGGUUGCCAUUGUACGAAGAUUCAUACAGCUUGUGGCAGAAAAAGUUGUGUCGGAUUGUAGUGGAUCAUUCGAGGGAUACUGUAACAAUAAGCUUGCAACUUUUCUGCAGUUACUGAAAGCAGAACUGAAAUCAGAAUUCCACACGCCGCAUCUAUUUAUCCAAGCAAAUUGCUCGACAAAAGAGAAUCACGAAUCUAAAGUAGUGGAGAAAAGAAAGAAGAUCAGGUAAAAAUGGAAAAUUUAUCUGAAAAUUCCUCGCCGAGUACAGCAAGGGAUUCGAGGGAAGUGAGUAUAGCUUCUGUUCAGGUCGAAGGUGCCUUACACAAGAAUGCAUUACUUGCAAUCAUGUAUUCAUUGAAUGCUAUAUCAGUUUACCUUGAACUGGCCAGUCUUACUUUGUUUGAAAGGAAUUCCUCAUUAAGGGAUAUGGAAGUACAAACACAUGCUGAUGAAGUAUUUAAGAUAAUUGAAGGCACAACAGCUAGAAUGACUCUUUUUUUACUUCAAGCAUCGGAACAUUUUGUGAGACCAAGAAAAAAGGAUGAUCGAAACACAGAAAUAAAGGAACGUGAGGACAUUUUUGAUAUUGAUAUCACUCAAAUCACUCAACAGACAAAAACAGUUAUAGAAGAAAAGAUGACUGAUUUAAAGAAAACACUUCAGAAUCUGGAGUUUAAAUCAUCAACGAAGCAGAUGAAGAAUCAAACAAAAGACGAUCUUUUGAAUGAAUUAGUACAGCUCUGUAAGGACGAAGAACGUGCAUUGCAAGAAUGGCAACGCUAUUUUAAAGACAGUGUUUCUUUGUCUAAAGAAAAGACAAAGCAAAGUGAAGAAGCUGAAGAUGUGGAUAUAAAAGAGAUUUGGGACAGGUUGACAAAAAUACUCGGACCAGGCCCUGCAUUACUGGUUGAAAGAACUGACAUGAAUGAAGAAAUGGAAGUUCUACACAAAUCAUUCAUAAUUGUUUCCGAUCCGCUUUUUGAGCGUGACUCAAAUAUUGUGGGAGACCUCAAGCUGUUCUUGUUAGAGUUAACAUCACAUCCUGAAACACUGAGUGAGAAUCAUAAUAAACAAGGUGAGCAGAUAAGUUUGAGGUGUAUUCAACGGAUUGAGGCUCAUUUGGAGUGCGUGGUUGUCCAAAUUAAACGGAUACAAACAUCUCUUAGAUGUUUGGAAACAGGAUUCAAAUACAUUGGGAAUAGUACCCAUUUCCUAAAAUCCUUGGAUAAUGUAACUCUUAAAAACGAAUGGGUCAAGGUUCAAGAUCUAAUAAAGCAUUGCCAAAUUGUUAAUCAAAAGUUGCAACGCGAACCGAGACUCUACGAAAAUCAGACAGAUGGUGAGAGAGAGGAAAGAUUAAAGUCCAUAUUAAAGGAAUUUGGAAUCGAUACAUUAGAAAAAGGACCAAAUCAAGACACAAGUUAGAAUUUAGUUCUGAUAAGUUUCUUGUAGCAAACUUGAACGCGAUUUAGGUUGCAAAAUCCUGCUUUAUAUAAAGCUAAAAUGAAUAUGAAAACAAAUAAAGACAGGGAUAUAAAUUUGCAUACUUACAUGUUUUGUGUAUUCAAAAACUUUCCAAUGUUAACACUUCUUGCAUUUUAAGCAAUUAGGAAUUUUCUGUUAUACAAUGAUAAGCUAAGCUACUUGUAGCUUUGAUACAAUAAAGAUUGAACCAUCUGAAUAUGUUUGCAUUGCUUUUGAUGAAUUGAAUAAAUGGAUAAAAUAUU